AUGCAAAAGGGUCCUGGUAAUCAGGGUGAUCAUGGCGAGCAGGAUGCUCAGAGUGAGCUGAGUGAUCAGAGCGAGUUGAGUGAUCGGAGUGAGCUGGGCGAUCGGAGCGAGCUGAGUGAUCAGAGUGAGCUGAGUGAUCAGAGUGAGCUGAGUGAUCAGAGCGAGCCGGCUUAG